UGACCAUCAGACCUACCAAGAAACUAAAUACUUAUAUGUAAGAGUAAUGGAGUCAAAAGAACAAGGCGAACAGCACAAUACGAGGGAUCUUCAUGAUUACUAUAAAUCUAGAAUAAAAUUGACGGAAAAAACAAGAUAUGAAGAUAUUUAUAUACGUCUUGAAGAGAUGCAAGAAGGAUUAUCAAAGAUGCAUUUGCUUGAAGGGUCAUUACAAGAGGCAAUUGAAGAAAUUGAGGCUAUAAAUGAGAAGAAUAUUGAAUUGGUAGAUAUUUUGAGGGAGGUUAUUGGGGAAAAUAUAGUGCUUAGAUCAAAAGUUCAGAUGUAUCAGAAGAAAUAUGGGUACAAUGUCUCUAAUUAUAGUAAAAUUUUGAAUAAUCAACCAAAACAUCAACAAUACUAUGAAACAAUGAUUUCUCUUCUUGAGAACAGAAUUAAGGCACAAAAGAGAUUACCAUGUGAUUAUAAACGUAUGAAUGAGCUUAUUGAAAAAUGUAAGAAGCUUGAACAGGUGGUAUUUGAAGGGAUUCAAGAAAUUCUUCGUGAAAGAAAAACAAGAGAAAAUUAUGAAAUACAAGUUAAAGAGGCCAAAGCAAGAAUUGAAUUACAGGAGAAGGAACUAAAAAAAAAAAUUGAAGAAGUAAAUUAUACAUCAAAAAUAAAAUUAGAUCAAAAUGCAAGCCAAAUGUUUAUGUUACAACAACAAAACGAGGAAUUGAAACAUAAAUUAAUCGAAUCACAGAAUAAAAUUGAUAAUAUAAAAAAACAUUCAUAUGAUACAAUUCAGGAAUUUGAAAAACAAAUUAAACAAUUAAAAAAAAGACGUAUUACAAAAAUAAGCCCCGAACUUCUUUUAGAAAUCGCUUCCUUAUACAUAAAAAUAAAAUCUAUUGAAAGAAUAGCUCUAAAAUUCGCACCUCUUGAAGGUCCUCAUGUUAACGAAUUAUUUUCUGAUAUUGAACUUGUCAAAAAAAGAGCACAACAUAUAGAAAAUCUCUUAUUUGAUAAAAAAAAAAAGUGUAAAUAUUAAUUCAACUUUUUCAUGCAUAAAUAUUCUAAAUAUAACUUCGAA